AUUCGUGUCCGGGCGUGGUCACCAUCUCAGAAGACUGGCGUGACGUCAACAGCCUGACGUCAUCUAACCAGGCCCAGUGUGACGUCACCAGCGGUACCUUCAACACGCAGACCUGGUACAGCUUUGAGCUGGGGACGGACGCAGACCUAGCCACCAUACCUACUGUCUGUCUCAAGAGGCUGAAAAGGACACCCCCACCACGCCCAUCACAACACCCAGUACGACAGGCGAAGAGACCACGACACCCGUCACCAAACCCCCGAUACCCUCGACCCCUGCCGACACGACAGCCGACACGGCAGCCAAUACCACAGCCGACACGACAGCCAAUACCACCGACACCGCCAGCCCCACACCUGACGUCAACAACAAGAAUGUGUCUGGAGGAAUAGAAGCAGACGACAACAACGUCUCAACGAUCGCCACCAACACUGACCUAGAUUCGGGACUGAGCAAUUACUCUCUCCACCAGAAUGUGAUCAACCCCACACCUGUCUAUAACAACGAUACAGACGAUUCUGACAACGCUACAUCGUCCACUGUUCCUGUAGUCAUCUUGUCAAAUUUGACCCCAGCCAGUGAUCCGCCCUCAUUCAAUGACACACCCACUCUCUCCACCAAUGAAACAACGACGCCAGAUCUUCAAGAUAUUUUAGACCAAAGUUCUAACGAUUCCAGCCCGGCUGCGAAUUUGUCGACCUCUACACAGUUUCCAGCGACCCCAGUAACAACCGACAGUGUCCACACUUCAACAGAAGAUGGAACAGAUUUGGAGAACACAACCGACUCUUUGACUACACUACCAGAAUCAUCAUCAUCGUCAUCAUCACCACAACCGUUGUCGCCGUCAUUAUCUCUGUCAUCGUCGUCGCCUUCAUCCAACGAAUCUCUCCCAACCCCCACAGACUCGGAACCGCCACAAACAACGCCACCACUUCCGGAUUCGGCCUCGACGAACAACGAAACCACCGACUCCCCUCCCACCACCACCGACCCACCACCGACACCGCCAGCAUCCACGACACCGCCUGUGAUGGUAGCAGACGUUGCUAUGACGACGACCACCAUACCGGAGGACGCCACAGAGACGUCCCCCCCGCCCCCCAACCCGGACACCUCCAGCACCGACAAGACACCCAGAUUUCCUGACGAUGUGGUCAUGAUUGAGAAAGUCCGGCUGGUCUUCAAAGGCUCGGACGAGGUAAGCCUAUUUUUAGCUUAAUAAGAGUUUUACGGCACUCACAACUACAUAAGGCCAUAUGAGCACGCGACACAAGUUGGUUUUAUUCGCAACAGUUCACCGCACGGCCUAAUUUUUCUCAACAUUUCUAAUAAAAAUUAAACGUUAAAAUACUAAAAAUUUGAGGUAAAAAAAUAUUAAUUUAAAAGAUCUUUUUUCAAUAAGACAAAAAA